AUGGCCAAGCACUGCAACACCCAGUCUGACUUUGACGCUUCGCUCCGGUCCGCGGGGUCCAAGCUCGUCGUCGUCGACUUCCAUGCAACCUGGUGUGGACCAUGCAAGGCAAUUGCUCCCACGUUUGAGUCGCUCGCCGCCCGCUACUCGCCCCACUCGGCCCACUUUCUCAAGGUAGACGUCGACGCAAACGGCGCCGUCGCACAGCGCUACUCCGUCCGUGCCAUGCCGACCUUUAUCUUCCUGAAGAACGGGCAAGUGGUCGAGACGCUCCGAGGCGCCAAUGGCGCGAAGCUCACGCAGCUCGUCGAGACGCUCUCAAAGGGAGGCGCUGGCGGCAACUUCAGCGGGACUGGCCACACGCUCAGCGGUUCGGGAUCCAGGUCAGGAGGUGCAAGUGCAGGUGCGGGAGGGAUCGCCGAGAGCUUCAAGAACAUCCCCAUGGAGAACUUGUUACCGCUCGUGAUCAUCGUGGCCUACCUGGCUUAUGUCUUAUUUGGGCAGAAGUAGGAGACGGAUGAGGUCAGAGAGUAGAGAUGCAUGUACAGUACGAUGAGAGGAGAUGAUGAAUCGAUACAAGUACAUGCGCGGGGAGAAGAGAAAAGCUUGGGGAAAGCGAAUCACGAUGUGGAACCAGUGCUUGGCAUUGGCGAAGAGCUAAUUCGACG